CAUAGCCUUCGGAAACGAAAGCUCGCGAUUUCAAGCCAUAAUUAGAGCUGGGAAGGCAAAUGCGAUAUCGCGACGUACAAACAUCUCCGAAGCUCCCAUCUUUCUUCUUCCCCGAUCCACUCAUAAAACAAUUGACGAAGGCAACCUCUUCUACUAUUGCGCUCUUUAGCUUCUCCAAAUCUCGAAAAUCUGUCUUCCAACAAGAUUUACUAUUGCCGGCGCUUCUAUUCACGCCGACUUCUCCGCCGUCAAGGAUAUAUGGCUGCGUCCUCUUCCCUCUCCCUCAAGGAAUAUCUGAAGAGAUACCAGUCCGGCAUCGAUGAGCCGAAGAAUGCUAAGAAGAAGAAGAAGAAAGAGAAGCCGAAGCCCCCAUCGACCGGUGGCGGAGUGCUCGUCGUCGACAACGACCCCGUCUGGCAAAAACCCUUGCAGCUAGAAAAUAUUGAGGAGGAAGAUGAUUUUGCGGGUGAUGAAACGCCUCAGGUUGAAGAAGAUAUAGAGGUCAAGAGGAUGAAGAGGCUUCAGGCGCUUCGUUCCAGCAAGCCUUACCAUAGCAUCAAUGAAGAUGGAAGCGGGUGGGUGUCGAUUCCUAAGCCGUCUAGACCUUCCGCUGUCAAUGGCCGAGAUCUCUCGCCUCACCGGAAUAUAUAUGAUUAUGGGAACAGUGACCUUUCGCCACCCCCGCACCAGUUGAUGGAGAUCGAUGAGAAGCCGGCUCUUUCAGACAAGGAUCUGUCUCCUCCUCGCCAUAAGCGGCGCCAUUUGGAUACGCCCUCCCCGGAGACUCAAAUAAGCGGGCCUGCCGGGGACGGCAGCGAUCUAUCACCUCCUAGAAGACGGCAUGUUGAGGACCUUUCACCGCCACGGCGUGCUAAAUCCCGCACACAGGGUAGGGAGGCAGGUCGGGGCUCGGUUGACGACGACCUUUCCCUCCUGAGGAAACCAGGGAAAGGGUCUGUAGAUGAUUUGUCUCCUCCCCGUCGAUAUAAAAAAUCACCUGAAGUUGAACCUCAUCCACUCGGCAAGACUAGAAAAAGAGCAUUGGAUGAUUUGUCUCCUUACCGGCAAGCUCAAUCUUCACUUGCCGCUGAUCUUUCUCCGCCUAGGAGAACAACUAAAAGGUCUCCUAAUGAUUUAUCUCCUCCGCGUAGGGCUUCCAAGCGCUCUUUGGAAGCCACUGACGUGCAGAGUUCUUCUCUUUCUGACCUCUCGCACCCGAACUUACCUACGCCCCGGAGGGUACACCAUGGUUUAUUAGAGCAUGGUUUAUUAGAGGGUGAUGGAAAUGCAGAUUUACCUGCUACUGGUUCUUUACCUUCUAGAAUUAAGGAAUCAUCAUUGACUAAGGAGACGAAGCGGGGAGGUCUUUUAUCACGUAAGGAAAUGAGAGAGGAGACAAGCAGGAAGAGGAUGGAGGAAAAGUCUAGGUUUGCUGCAAUGGAUCCAUUGCUGACUGGAAAAGGUGCAGAAGCGGUGUGUCGUGAUAAAGAAGGAAAAAGGAUUUCAAAGGAGGAGUUAAUGAAAUCAAAGGAAAAAAAGAAGAAAGAGGAGAAGCCGCUGGAGUGGGGCAAAGGUUUAGCACAAAAGCGGGAAGCGAAAGAGCUGGAACUUGAGAAGGACAGGCCUUUUGCACGUUCUAGAGAUGAUCCCGAGCUUGAGAAGAUGCUAAAGGAGAGGUUGAGAUGGGGCGAUCCGAUGGCUCAUUUGGUUAAGCGGAAAGACCCGGAGCUAAUACUAGAAGAUAUGAGUAAGAAUGAGAGAAUGAAAGAAUCUGGCUUUGUAGUUCCUCAAACUAUUCCUACCCACAGCUGGAUGAAACGGGGAUUGGAUUUUCCUCCAAAUAGAUAUGGCAUCAGACCUGGCAGACAUUGGGAUGGAGUAGAUCGGAGCAAUGGUUUUGAAAAGGAGCUAUUUAAGAGACAGAAUGAGAAGCGGGCCAGAGAAACUGAGGCAUAUUUGUGGUCUGUCUCUGACAUGUGAGGAUGUGAACCGUCUACUGCAAGGCUAGGCUGCUGCCAUGCAAAUACGUGAAAACAGUUUUUACCCAAAAAACUAUCAUCUGCUUGUUGAUGAAAAUCAAAGCAAAUGUUUUCGCUGCGUGGUCAAAGAGUUUGGACACACUUUUUUUGUGUUCGUCCAACACGUCCUGCGAGACUAUCCCCAAGGCAGGUGCAAGUGAAUUGUUCUUCUGCCCUGCUAAUGGCAGGGUUUGAGAGGGAGCUAAACUGAGGGCUCAUCCUGCAAAUGAAUUGCCACUUUCGCUGGCUUUCAAAAUUAGAAUGCAAUUUUGAAGCAAUCUGCUUCCAGAAUUACAGGCAGGCGUCAUCUUUAUUUAAUUAAUCUCUUUUGCUGUGCUUCAGCAGCUUAUUUAUGUAAUUCAUGCGAUUGAUUUUUU